AUGAAAGAGCUGGUUAAGAAAUUUCUUCAGCCUAGUAGACGUUUUAUUCUUUUCGGGAAUGGCUGCGCAGGCCAGAACAAAAAUCAGCACGUGGUCCGUGCCUUAACAUUCUGGCUACAGAAAAACUCUACAAGAAACAUACAACAGAUGGUAAUAUAUUUCCCUGUUGAGAAGCGUCUACUAAAAUCUGGAGAUGUGUUGGACCCCACAGCUUCUAUUGAAAUUUACAAAGAACACGGAACUGUCAAAGCACUAGGCGAAUAUUGGUUUAUUAAAAACCACAAAGACUUAAGAGAGAUGCUAAAACAAAUUGAUGGAAUAAGCGGAGUCUCUACAGAAACAUACAGACGGAGGAUCCUGUUCGCACGAGUCAGCCACCUCGCAUGCGACAUUUUACCUGGUGAUUUAUUAGCCAAAUCGCUAGGAAAUACACCGGUUGAGAUUGCUUCAACCAUUCUGUACAAGUAUUUUUGGUCAGUACUGAUAUCUUUAGCAGAAAGCUCCGGUAAGCUCGUUGGAAUAGGCUUAAACUUGCUUAUAGGUCUUUUUUCGCAGUUCUCGAGAUCUUUGCCAAUCGUUCCUGAAAAUGUUCGUGGUCCAGAGGUACUACCAUCAAUAUAUUGGAACAGAUGUCUAAAUGGUAGUUCAUUCAUAUGGAAUAAACAAAUAAUCCAUUGUAAGGGUCUACCUAACCGUUUCUCUAGCAGUCGUAUAAUACCGCCAUAUAUGCCAACAUUCACAUUAGUUCCAUCACAUCCAAUUGCAGUUAAAUCAUCGACGGAUAUAUCAGCAUUCAAGAAAAAGUCAAAUAUUUCAUUUGCUAUACACUUUGCAGUGCCUGAAGCAGGUGUAAUAUAG